UUGUCUAUAUCGGAAUUGCCAGGGGUGCUGUGUUUUCUUAGUAUGUUAGUAAGUUAUUCACAUUCAAAUUAAAAAUUUUAAAGAUUCAAAGAUUUUAUUAGGCCAUUAAGUUUGUACAAUAGGCUACGUCACAGUAAAAUAAAAAAUCAAUAAAACUAAAUAUAAAAGGAAACAAAACAAACAAAACUGCAAGUCUAAACAGCAAACCAUGCAAAGAAGUGGCAAUAUACUAUCCCAGACAUGAGGAAAAGAAACCUAAAAUAUACAAUUCAAUAUAAUAAGAAAAAUAAAUAUAAUUGAAAAAAAACAAGCAGAUAAAAGGAAAAUUCCACUCCUAUAUUACACCUCCAAAACAUUGGUAACAAGAUUUGAGCAACAGAUCAACAGAUGUCUGAAAAUGAAUAAAAGUGGCAAUAUACUAUCCCAGACAUGAGGAAAAGAAACCUAAAAUAUACAAUUCAAUAUAAUAAGAAAAAUAAAUAUAAUUGAAAAAAAACAAGCAGAUAAAAGGAAAAUUCCACUCCUAUAUUACACCUCCAACACAUUGGAAACAAGAUUUGAGCAAGAGAUGUCUGAAAAUGAAUGAGUAUGUAACUGUUGAAUAGUUAACAAAUUCUUCAACCAAGGGAAAUAUUUAAAUAGACAUACAAAUCAUACUGACUAGUUGAGUCAUGUAGUUAGUUACUUGGUCCCGAUAAGUGUUCCUCAUAAUUCGAUAGUGAUAAUUAAAAAAUGUUAAACAUCAAUAAACAGCUCCCUUAUAAAUGUCCAUUAUGUUCAACUAUCUUCUCAUCUCAGUGGAAAAUGAGGACACAUAUAUUAGAGCAUACGGGUGAGCGGCCCUUUAAAUGUUUGAUAUGUGAGCAAACCUUUAUACAACUAAAACUAGUAAAGAGUCAUUUGAUGAAACACUCUGAGGAGAGCCCUUACAAGUGCUCUACAUGCGGAAAAUCUUUCACAACUAACAAUAAUAUGAAGAGACAUUUAUUGGUUCAUACUGGAGAGCGACCUUAUAAGUGCAGUACAUGCGGAAAAUCUUUCACAACCAACAAUAAUAUGAAGAGACAUUCAUUGAUUCAUACUGGAGAGCGACCUUAUAAGUGCAGUACAUGCGGAAAAUCUUUCACAACCAAAAACUUUAUGAAAAGUCAUACAUUAGUUCAUACUGGAGAGCAACCUUAUAAGUGCAGAACAUGCGGAAAAUCUUUCACAACCGAAAAUGCUAUGAAAAGACAUACAUUGGUUCAUACUGGAGAGCGACCUUAUAGGUGCAGUACAUGCGGAAAAUCUUUCAUAACCAAAAAGGUUAUGAAAAGACAUACAUUGGUUCAUACUGAAAAGCGACCUUAUAAAUGCAGUACAUGCGGAAAAUAUUUCAAAACCAAAAAUGAUAUGAAAAGACAUUUAUUGGUUCAUACUGAAAAGCGACCUUAUAAAUGCAGUACAUGCGGAAAAUCUUUCAAAACCCAAAUUGCUAUGAAAAAACAUUCAUUGGUUCAUACUGGAGAGCGACCUUAUAAGUGCAAUACAUGCGGAAAAUCUUUCACAACCCAAAAUGUUAUGAAAAGGCAUACAUUAGUUCAUACUGGAGAGCGACCUUAUAAGUGCAGUACAUGUGGAAAAUCCUUCACAACCAAUAGCAAAAUGAAGGAACAUGCAUUAGUUCAUAGUGGAGAGCGACCUUAUAAGUGCAGUACAUGCGGAAAAUCUUUUACAACCAAUAGCAAAAUGAAGCAACAUGCAAUAGUUCAUGCCAUAGAGCGACCUUAUAAGUGCAGUACAUGUGGAAAAUCCUUCAAAACCAAUGGCAAAAUAAAGGAACAUGCAUUAGUUCAUAGUGGAGAGCGACCUUAUAAGUGCAGUACAUGUGGAAAAUCUUUUACAACCAAUAGCAAAAUGAAGGAACAUGCAUUAGUUCAUAGUGGAGAGCGACCUUAUAAGUGCAGUACAUGCGGAAAAUCUUUCACAAACAAAAUUUAUAUGAAGAAACAUACAUAUGUUCAUACUGAAAAGCGACCUUAUAAAUGCAGUACAUGCGGAAAAUCUUUCAAAACCCAAAAUGCUAUGAAAAAACAUUCAUUGGUUCAUACUGAAGAGCGACCUUAUAAGUGCAAUACAUGCGGAAAAUCUUUACCAACUCAAAAUGCUAUGAAAAGGCAUACAUUAGUUCAUACUGGAUAGCAACCUUAUAAGUGCAGUACAUGUGGAAAAUCCUUCACAACCAAUAGUAAAAUGAAGGAACUUGCAUUAUUUCAUACCAGAGAGCGACCUUAUAAGUGCAGUACAUGCGGAAAAUCUUUUACAAAAAAAUUUAUAUGAAGAAACAUACAUAUGUUCAUACUGGAGAGCGACCUCUUAAGUGCAGUACAUGCGGAAAAUCUUUCACAACCAAAAUGUAUAUGAAGAAACAUACAUAUGUUCAUACUCGAGAGCGGCCUUAUAAGUGCAGUACAUGCGGAAAAUCUUUCACAAACAAAAUUUAUAUGAAGAAACAUACAUAUGUUCAUACUGAAAAGCGACCUUAUAAAUGCAGUACAUGCGGAAAAUCUUUCAAAACCCAAAAUGCUAUGAAAAAACAUUCAUUGGUUCAUACUGAAGAGCGACCUUAUAAGUGCAAUACAUGCGGAAAAUCUUUACCAACUCAAAAUGCUAUGAAAAGGCAUACAUUAGUUCAUACUGGAUAGCAACCUUAUAAGUGCAGUACAUGUGGAAAAUCCUUCACAACCAAUAGUAAAAUGAAGGAACUUGCAUUAUUUCAUACCAGAGAGCGACCUUAUAAGUGCAGUACAUGCGGAAAAUCUUUUACAAAAAAAUUUAUAUGAAGAAACAUACAUAUGUUCAUACUGGAGAGCGACCUCUUAAGUGCAGUACAUGCGGAAAAUCUUUCACAACCAAAAUGUAUAUGAAGAAACAUACAUAUGUUCAUACUCGAGAGCGGCCUUAUAAGUGCAGUACAUGCUGAAAAUCUUUCACAAACAAAAUUCAUAUGAAGAAAUAUACAUUAAUUUAUACUGGAGGGUAAACUUAAUAAUGCAGUACAUCUUUCACAACUAUAAACAAAAUAAGUCAUAUAAGAUUGGUUCAUACUGUAAAUCGAUUUUAGUGUACUACUU